AUGAGCUCCAUGUGGGUUGCUGAAGUUCCCCGCCAGGAGGAGUCCUUUCUCUUCACCGUGGGGUCUGGUGCUGCCGCUGUGAUUGUGACGAAGGCGGAGCUGUCCAGAUAUCUGGAGAAAGGCAAGAUCCACCUCCGAAAAGUUCCGGAAGUGGCCACCUGUUUGGUAGCUGCUUUGGAGGCGUCGUCAGAGACUGCACGGGAGAAAGCAUACCUGCAGCUUCUGAAUGCUGCGCCUUCGCUUACAUUCACUGAGCUAUUUCACGAGGGGAGAUGA